AUGAACAACGUGACAGAAUUCAUCCUGCUUGGCCUGACACAGAGCCCAGAUGUGUGGAAACUCAUGUUUCCUGUGUUUACAAUCAUCUACUUUCCCACUGUGGCAGGCAACCUACUCAUUGUUGUGACGAUCACCACGAAACGAACUCUGUGUUCCCCCAUGUAUUUUUUCCUGUCUUUCUUAUCCUUCAUAGAUGGCUGCUGCUCCUCUACUGUGGUUCCCAAAAUGAUAUAUGACUUACUUGCAGAAAAGAAAACCAUCUCCUUCAGUGAGUGCCUGACUCAGCUCUUUGAAGAGCAUUUCUUUGGAGGAGUUGAGAUCAUCUUGCUCACAGUGAUGGCCUAUGACCACUAUGUGGCCAUCUGCAAGCCCCUGCACUACACAAUCACAAUGAACAGGCGAGUGCGUGGCUUCCUGGUGGCCAUCGCUUGUUAUGGGAGAUUUCUUCAUGCUCUGAUUCAAAUUCUUUUUAUCGUCUGGUUGCCCUUCUGUGCUCCCAAUGUCAUUGAUCAUUUCAUCUGUGACCUUUUCCCUCUGCUAAAACUCUCCUGCACUGACACUCACAUCUUUGGACUUUUUGUGGCUGCAAACAGUGGGCCGAUGUGUAUGCUCAUUUUUUCUAUUCUUAUCUCCUGCUAUAUCCUCAUCCUGUGCUCUCUAAGAAGGCACAGCACUGAAGGACAGCAGAAGGCUCUCUCCACCUGCACCUCCCAUGUUACUGUAGUCAUUCUAUUAUUUGUCCCCUGUAUAUUUGUGUACCUUCGGCCCAUGAUCAACUUCCCCAUUGAUAAAGUGGUGGUUGUGUUUUAUACUAUGCUAAUGCCCAUGUUAAACCCUUUAAUCUACACUGUCAGAAACUCAGAGGUAAAAAAUGCCAUGAGGAAAAUAUGUAGUUGA